GUGUGCGGCUCGGCUGACGCCAGUUCCUGGGCGUGGUUUAUCCGCGUUCUUCAACUCUUUUCUAGAGCUGCGGGAGUGUGAGGCUGUUGCUGUGGAUCGUGGACCGGAGGAAAGACAUGUAUCAGUUAUGCACCACAGGUCCACUCUGUAACGAGGCUGGUAAACUGUCAUGAUUCCCAUCACUGAGUUGCGAUACUUUGUUGAUACACAGCCGGCGUAUCGCAUUCUGAAACCAUGGUGGGACGUGUUCACAGACUACAUCUCCAUCGUCAUGCUGAUGAUCGCGGUGUUCGGCGGCACGCUGCAGGUCACGCAGGACAAAAUGAUCUGCCUGCCAUGCAAAUGGGUCGUCAACCAGACCUGCGAACAACUCAACAUCAGCGUGGCGCUCAACUCUGAACCCAAGGGCAUCCAGUACGACCUCGACAGACACCAGUACAACUACGUAGACGCCGUGUGUUACGAGAACAAGCUGCACUGGUUCGCAAAGUACUUCCCAUAUCUGGUGCUGCUGCACACGCUCAUCUUUCUAGCAUGUAGUAACUUCUGGUUUAAGUUUCCACGGACCAGUUCGAAGCUGGAGCAUUUCGUGUCGAUCCUGCUGAAGUGUUUCGACUCGCCGUGGACGACGCGUGCGCUUUCUGAGACCGUGGUGGAGGAGAGCGACCCCAAACCGGCAGGGAAGAUAAACGGCUCGAUAGAUAAGAAAACCUCCAGCGUCAGCGACAAGGAUGUGGAAGCAAGCGUUCCCAUGCUGCAGAGGACCAAGUCCCGGAUCGAGCAGGGCAUCGUGGACCGUUCGGAGACGGGCGUCUUGGAUAAGAAGGAAGGAGAGCAGGCCAAAGCACUGUUUGAGAAGGUGAAGAAGUUUCGUAUUCAUGUGGAGGAGGGCGACAUCGUUCACCGUCUUUACAUCCGUCAAAUCAUCAUCAAAGUCUUCCAGUUCCUGAUCAUCAUCUGCUACACCAUGUACUACGUCCACCACAUCAAGUUCAGCGUGCCGUGCACCGUGGACAUCGAGCGGCUGACCGGUUAUCGCACAUAUCACUGCGCACAUCCUCUGGCCACGCUCUUCAAGAUCCUGGCCUGCUUCUACAUCAGCCUGGUGGUGGUCUACGGCCUCAUCUGCAUGUACACGCUCUACUGGAUCAUCAGCCGCUCGCUAAAGCGCUACUCCUUCGAGUCCAUCCGCGAGGAGAGCCGCUACAGCGACAUCCCCGAUGUCAAGAACGACUUCGCCUUCAUGCUGCACAUGAUCGACCAGUACGACCCGCUCUACUCCAAACGCUUCGCCGUCUUCCUGUCGGAGGUCAGCGAGAACAAACUGCGACAGCUGAACCUGAAUAACGAAUGGACUCUGGAGAAACUCAGACAGAGGAUAACCAAAAACUCGCAGGAGAAGCUGGAGCUGCACCUCUUCAUGCUGAGCGGGAUCCCAGACACGGUGUUCGACCUGGUCGAGCUGGAGGUGCUGAAAUUGGAGCUGAUCCCUGAUGUUACGAUCCCGCCUAUAAUCGCACAGCUGUGUAACCUGAGGGAGAUGUGGCUUUACCACACACCGGCCAGAAUCGAGGCUCCUGCUCUGGCCUUCCUCCGCGAGAACCUCAAAUCACUACACAUAAAGUUCACAGACAUUAAGGAGAUCCCACUGUGGAUCUACAGCCUCAAGAACCUCGGCGAGCUUCAUCUGACCGGAAACCUCAGCGCAGAUAACAACCGGUUCAUCAUCAUCGACGGCCUGCGGGAGCUCAAGAGACUUAAGGUCCUGCGGCUGAAGAGCAACCUCACUAAACUGCCUCAGGUGGUGACAGAUGUUGGGGUUCACUUGCAGAAGCUCUCCAUCAAUAAUGAAGGCACCAAACUGAUGGUUCUGAACAGUCUGAAGAAGAUGGUGAACCUGACGGAGCUGGAGCUGGUGCGCUGUGAUCUGGAGAGGAUCCCGCACUCCAUAUUCAGCCUGCACAACCUACAGGAGAUCGAUCUAAAGGACAACAACUUGAAGACCAUCGAGGAGAUCAUCAGCUUCCAGCAUCUCCACAGACUGGUGUGCCUCAAGCUCUGGUACAACCAGAUCGCCUACAUCCCCAUCCAGAUCGGCACUCUCGCCAACCUGGAGCGCCUCUACCUGAACAGGAACAAGAUCGAGAAGAUUCCUUCCCAGCUCUUCUUCUGCAGGACACUGCGUUAUCUGGACCUCAGCCACAACAACCUGACCAGCAUCCCUGCGGACAUCGGCUUCCUGCAGAACCUGCAGUACUUUGCAGUGACGGCCAACAGAAUCGAGGCGCUGCCACCCGAGUUGUUCCAGUGUAAGAAGCUGCGGACGCUGAAUCUGGGAAAUAACUGCCUUACAGUGCUGCCGUCACGUUUCGGAGAGUUAACCGGCCUCAUGCAGCUGGAGCUCCGCGGGAACCGGCUGGAGGGAUUACCGGUGGAGCUCUCCGAAUGUCGCCUUCUCAAGCGCUCCGGGCUGAUUGUAGAAGAGGACCUCUUCAACACCCUGCCGCCGGAGUUCAAGGAGCAGCUGUGGAGAGCUGAUAAAGAACAAGCUUGAGCCAGACAGAGGAACUCUUAAAGGCACAGUUCACACAAAAAUAAAAUCUGCUGAAAAUGUGUUCACCCUCAGGCCAUCCGAGAUGUAGAUGACUUUGUUUCUUCAUCAGGUUUGGAGAAAUGUAGUAUUGCAUCAGUUGCUCAGCAAUGGAUGCUCUGCAGUGAAUGGGUGCCGUCAGAAUGAGAGUCCAUACAGCUGAUAAAAACAUCACAAUCCACAGCACUCCAGUCCAUCAGUUAAUUUAAUAAUAUAUUGUGAUGUUUUUAUCAGCUCCCAUUCUGACGGCACCCAUUCACUGCAGAGCAUCCAUUCGUGAACAAGUGAUAUGAUGCUAUCCAUGAUUGCUCUCGAAAUCUGGUGAAGAAACAAACUCAUCUACAUCGUGGAUAAGCUGAUUGUGAGUAAAUGUUCAGUAAAUUUUUAUUUUGGGGUAAACGAAGUGGUCGUUCUGCUUUCGAUUCAUUUGUCUUUUAUAAUUUUUAAUGAUUUUUAUUUGGGUGACAGCAUUUCUCGUCCUUAUGAAGGGAAGUUGUAGACAGUACAGUGCCAUCUGUGCUUAGAAACAUACACUGAUACACUCUCUCAAACAAGUUCUCAUACACAAACAAGGUCAAGUCAUUCAUGCACUGCCCUCUACAGGCACAUUAAGCAGUGACAUUAUUGGAAUGAAUAGAUAUAAUAAGCAAUAUCUGGUUUGUGCAUUAUUUACUCAGUGGCUGCGUCCAAUCAGGGAAGAGUCGACUGUUUAUGAAUGUGUCAGCUGUGUUAUAGAAUAUGUAAAAUGUACAUUUUAGAGCCAAUACCCACAGAAGUAAAUGCCAAAAAGGUCAUAUACAAAAUCCACUUCUUAUAUAUGCUUUUAAAGACUAUGAAUAUGAUGCCAUAGAUGUAUUGCUGAAAUCUUACACUCAACAGACUUUACAGGAUGAUAUAGAAACUACAAACUUAAACACUCGAACGAAUAAACUUUUGCCAUUUUGGACGGAGUUGCAUUUGGAUCAGGUGACCUGCACGUUGCACCCCAUUGGUCGACUUUUCCACGGGAAUAAUGACUGUUGUCAUAGCAAAGUUCCCACGCUAUCAUGGCCUUAACUCUCUCCGAGCUCUACGCUGGAGCUCAUCUCAAAGAUAAAGUGUACAUUUUGCGUUUAUAGGUUUUAUAAUUUUACAAAAAAAAAUGAGAGAAAGAACAAAAAGAAA